GUAACAGAUUAGACUUGAGUUCAGGGGUAAUUGAUAAAGGGGACAGAUAAAUAGGGCAAUAAAUAGGGACAGAAAGUAGAGAAGUUAGAAACUGAAGAGGAAAUCGUGCAUAGGGUGUCUCGCGGACGCUCCGUUGAAAUUUUUCAACGCGUUGACCGUCGCGUAAACCACUUGAACGUAGUCCACGCCUACAGAAUUCAAAAGCUGUUAACUGAAUAAGUUCCUCGUUGAAGAAGCCUCAGUCCUAAAUUGGUGGGAGAAUCUGCAGAGAUAAACGACAGGAGUAACGACGCACCCUGUAUAUGGUUUGUAUCACAGUAGCCGCCGUGAUUAUGCUGUCAUGUCAAUCGACGUUAUAGGAUAUUAUGGAUGACCCCGAACUCUACAAAUCGUUUCUACCUCGAGUCCUGCUGUUGUCUCGGACACGAAAUUAUCUUGGUUCCCCGUAGAACGAUGACGAGACGGAAACAUUUGCAACGUCGUCGCAGCUUCGUGGUUCGUGCACACUGAGGUAGGAUGCAUCCGACGUGGCGCAUUUUUCUCCUGCAAGCGUUCAUCGCCGUCGCGUACGCGCAAACCAGCCGAAUCAUUCACGACUACUUCGUCUACAAGAAAGUGACCAGAGUGGUGGGUUUCUCCUGCGGCGACAUGGACGAGGAUCUUCUCACGCUGAAGCUGCUGAACGCCGCCGGGAUGUCCACGGCGAUCAAGCCGGCCGGAUCGCAAAUCGAUAUACCGAGGUACCUCAAUACCGAUCGAACUAUGGGAGUGUUUGUGGACACGCGGUGCCCGAGUCAGAACGUCAGCGGGAUUUUCGACGAAGGUACAGCGCAUCGAAUGUUCGAUUACUCGUACGUCUGGCUGAUCUUUGCGAGCGACUUGAGCCACAGUUUGCAGAGCUUGAACGAUAGCGGCUUCAGCAUCGUCACGGAUUUUGCGAUCUUGCUGCCGAACGGGACGGAUUACGUCCUCUACGACGUGUACAAUCACUGCAAAAUGCGCGGCGGAGUGCUCAACGUUACGUGGCUGGGCAGCUGGCGUGAGGACGACGGACUCGCGAUCAAUGUGACCGGUUCGAGGAUCAGCAGGCGACGAGAUUUCCAGGGUUUGCGAGCCAAGGCGGCCGGAAUCGUGGUGCACAGACCAAAGGACGUGAGUUUGAUAGAUUAUCUGGAGGGCGACAGCCUCGAAGUCAUGGACAAUUGGCCAAAAUUUGGACACACUCUUCUCUCGCACGUCGCCAACAUGUUUAACUUCACCAUGGAACUCAUCGAGAUCACCCACUGGGAGAAGAACGACAGUAACGGUCCCCUGAUGGGCACCUUGAAGAGGGACGACGCCGAUCUGGGUUACUAUCCGUCCAUCCUGACGAUCGAGAGAUACGGAUACGCGCGUGUCAUCUUUCAACAAUGGCCCACGCGCACCUGUUUCAUGUUUCGCACCAUACCGGCGAUGAAGGUGAAACCCUGGAUAAUACUGAAGCCGUUCGCGGCAGACACGUGGUACAUGAUUGUCGUGAUCGUGGUGGUUAUCAUUAUCAUUCUCUCCUGCAUACUGAAGCUGGAACGCGCCGACGAUUACGGCUGCAGCAUCUCGGCACUGAUCACCGUUGCCGCAUUAUGCCAGCAAGGUUUUCCUUCCCUCACUAAUCAAUCGGCGAGUCGAAUCGCCUUCAUUCAGGUCACGGUCUUUGGCCUGCUGGUAUAUAAUUACUACUCGGCGGCGAUAGUGUCGGCUAGAUUGAACGAGCCCCUUCAAAAGAUGAAUGACUCGCUGUAUUCGUUGGCGCACAGUAAGAUGAAGUUCGCGGCCGAGAAAAAUAUCUUCUUCAAUUUUCUGCUGCGGAACCAACGACCGGAGGUGCAAUAUUUUAAGCAGUUUUGGAACGCUAUACCGGAAUCGAAGAGAUUUAUCCCAAUCGAGGAUGGCGUGCAGGGAAUAAUGAAGGGAGGCUUCGCUUAUCACGCGGAUCCGGACGAUAUCUAUCCGUCCAUCGAAAAUACGUUCGACAAGCAGAUGAUAUGUCAGCUAACGGAGGUUCAUCUAUUGCAACCCUCUGAGCUGGGCCUGUGGUCCAAUCUUAAAAGUCACUUUCAUGAAAUUUCCAAAAGAGCAUUACUGAAGAUAUCUACAUCGGGACUUCGGCGACGAGAGAUACGUCGCCGGUCGGCCAGAAGGCCUUAUUGCCCAAGCGACGAGAUCUUUGUCUCCAGUGUGACAAUUUACGAAGUGGCGCCGAUCUUGAUUCUUCUGCUCUUCGGUAUGAUAAUUUCGCUCAUUGUAUUCGGUAUGGAGCACUUAAUUUUCUAUAUGGUGAGUUCGAAGCGAACGUCAGGCAUUACGCCAGACAUGAGGCCAGGCGUUAAAUCAAACAUUAAACCAGCUGUUCAAUUCGGUAUGAAACAAAGUAUUAAAUCAAAUGUUAAAACAGGCAUUAAAACCGAUAAGAAAAAUAAGAUGUUGCUAAGAGAUAAAGCACCGCCUAGCAAUAACGUUAUUCUGGUGCUUCCGAAAGCAAGUGAACUCUUCCAACAGGUGCUAAUGUCCGAACGAUAUCAGUAAAGGAUAUGAAAUUUCUAAUAAUAAGAUUCUUAAGUUUUAUGUAAAUUAUUUAUGAGAUUACCAGUAUAUACAUAUAGGUAUAUGUAGUGAGAAUGAGCACGCAUUUAAAUAAAGUACAAAUGUGUUUUCACGA